UCAUUCCUAAAGGCAUGGGGAGAUGCUUGUGCAGCAGGGUCCCCAAUGGAGGUACCCGUUGGAAAGACGUGCCUUGUCGGUGAGAUAACAUUGGAAGGGCCAUGUGGAAAAGGCUUUGCACUUCAGGUAAAUGGUGAAAUCCUUGCUCCGGCUAAAGGCUCGUCACAAUGGACCGGUAGUCUUCAAUGGUUCAAUAUUAAAGGUGUGAAUGGGUUUACGUUGGGUGGUACCGGAAGCUUUAAUGGUAAUGGAGCAGCCUGGUGGACUAAGGCUGAAGAUGACGACUCUCCAAACAACAAUCUAUUUGCUGAUCAAAAAACUUCAGGGACCAAGCCAACGGCCGUCCGAUUUUAUGGAUCGACCCAGGUAACAGUAACUGGAAUCGAAAUAAAGAACAGCCCUCAGGCGCACCUCAAGUUUAAUGGUUGCACCGGUGUGAAUGUCAACAACGUUAAAAUUACUUCACCAGGGACCAGCCCCAACACAGAUGGAAUUCACCUACAGAACUCCAAGAGCGUUACCAUUACAGGCACAACUAUAGCAUGUGGAGAUGACUGCGUAUCCAUACAAACGGGAUGUAGUGAUGUCAAUAUACAGAAGUUGACAUGUGGACCUGGUCAUGGAGUUAGCAUUGGAGGGCUUGGUAAGGGUGGUACUCAAGCAUGUGUCUCAAACAUCAAAGUUAGUGACAGCACUUUUACAAAUACAUUAACCGGUGGGAGGAUAAAGACAUGGCAGGGAGGAAAGGGAUCAGCAAAUGGAGUGACGUUCUCAAACAUAAAAUGUGUGGGUGUGGAGACGCCUAUCAUGAUUGACCAGUUUUACUGUGACGGUGGAGGAUGCCAUAACCAAACAGGAGCGGUAGAUGUAACAGACGUGACGUUCCAGGGGUUUACUGGAACAUACACCACACAAGCUCUUCAAUUAGCUUGCAGCGAGAGCAUGCCUUGUUCGGGAAUAACAUUAUCGGCCAUAGAUCUCAAGCCUCAAGGAACAAAAGUUGUCGCUCCACUCUGUGAAGACUCGUACGGAACAACCGCCGGAGCAAUUACUCCAGCCAUCUCCGGUUGCUUGAAGGCCGGCACCGUAGCAAAGAAGAAUGCUAAUGCUUGCACAUGAUCGGUGCAUGAAUGCAUCAUCUUCCAUCAAUAUAUAUAACCGGCCGGCCAAUCUCACAUCUAUCUUAGCUUUAAUUUAACUAUAAUCAAUCAAAACUAAUUAAAUAAUUAAAUAAGUACCAUGUA